AUGUCAGGAAAGGAGAAGAAAGCAGCCUUAGAAGAGAAACUCCAGCUUCUGCGCUCCGUCACAAAGUCAAAUGCGGCAAACAAGACGUCAAUCCUGGUAGACGCGUCGAAAUACAUCAAGGAGCUCAAGGACAAGGUUGAAGAAGAAGCAGCUGCAGCCUCAUGGUCACAAGCUAACACUGACAGCAGUAGUGCUUUUGGUUCUGGAAGCGCCAUGCCAGCAACGGUGACCGUCUCGUCAGUGGAGCUUGAUAGCAACAGUUGCAGCAGCAGGAGAGGGUUCCGGAUCAACGUGUCAACGGAGAGGAGCCGGCCUGGGUUGCUGGUGUCGGUUCUGGAGGCCUUGGAGGACCUCGGCCUCGACGUCCUGGACGCCGACGUCUCCUGCGCCGACGACACCGCCUUCCGCUUCCAAGCGCUUGGUGGAUCAGGCCAGCAGGGCAAGCAGCAGCAGCACCAGGGGGGAAGCGUGGAUGAACAAAUGGUUCAGCAAGCGGUGUUGCAGGCCAUCAGCAAAUGCAUGGACGAUGACGAUGAGUAA